CUCGUCUCCCAAUGCCGUCCGCAUGCACAAGGUCGUGAACUUCUACGAGAAGCUGCCUCGUGGCGCCGCUCCCGAGCCCGAGGGCAAGGGCCUCAUCGGACGUUACCAGAAGAAGCACUUCGGCAAGAACGCAUCAGGCAGGCCUCUCCUCCACGUGUUCGGCUUCCUGAUUGCGUUUGGCUACGCCCAGAACUACUACUUCCAUCUGCGCCACCACAAGAACAACGUCCACGCCUAGAGAUGAUCGAGGUGGAGUGACUGGACG